AUGCUUGUGCAAAGUAGAGGCCAUACUCUUCGACGAGCCACUCACAAAACCCAUGGACGAUAUCACCGAGGCCAGGCAGUUACUAGCGGUCAAGCUGCGACAGCUCCACGACUAUCAGUACGAGUAAGUGGGCAUCCAUUCACCUUCAAGUACAACUUCACACGUCACACUCUCACUCAUGAAUCGAUGAACAAACCCACUCAAUGCAAGAGGUGCGUCGAUCCACACCGGGGCUCACUCGACGAUGUCUACUCGGAGGAACAGUUCCGCAUUCUCGUCUCAGACAUCCUGCCGCACUGGGCCAAGGAGUACUUCAGGUCGUCGAUGGGAUACCCCAGUCAGUCGCUAUGGAGGGCCUUGUCUGUGAGGGUGAUGAUCCUAAUGGCGCAUCACAUGCUGGGCAGGGGGAUCAGCAUCCGGGAGAUCCGCUACUGCAACAUGUUCACUCACGUCCGACUGCCCAUCACGAACACUCCGGACGAAUCGUCCAUCCUCGUUCUCGUGGUCGCCUAUCGCAACUCGAAGACCAUCAAGGACAACAAGCUCGGCCACCUGUACCUGACUCGACACAUGGACUUCCAGCAGUGCGGCUUCGGAGCAGUUUCCCUGUGGAUACACUUCCUUUUCGACCUGUUGCCGCUCUACUACAACAGCGAAGAGAUCGUGCCCCCGUUGGAUUUCAGUAACCCCGAAGCAUGGUCGAAGAAGCACCUGUUCUUCGCCCUCUUCGACAAAGAGAAAAACGAGUUGCCGUACGCGACUCACGCCAAAUGGGUGACCUGGGCGAUGAACGGCGCGGUGUGGAUCCUGUCGAAAGUCACACACAUCUUUCGACGAUCUGCGGCACAGAUUCUCGCCGACAAGAACUGUGACCUCGACACCAUCGCACAGCUGGGUCAAUGGGACAUGAACGAGAUGCGCAGGUCUUACGUCACAGGCAUCCCGCGCGGGGCAAUCCAGCUGCAAGCGGGUUUCUCGGUGGAACCGGGCGACUAUUACAUCGGAAGAUCGAAGACCCAAGUGCCUGCGAAGGUCGUGAAGGCUAUCGAGCAGCACAUCUUUCCCAAGGCUGAGCACUGGCUCAUCGAGGCGAUGGAGUGGAACAACGAGCAGGACAAGGAACAUGAGUACUACGCAGCGAAAUAUUUCUUGGAGGCCCUGCAAGCCGCCCGAAUGCCCAUCGCAGAGGAUCUUGCGAUGUACUACGUCCAUUGCAACGACCACCCCUUCGACGGGGUGAGCGUUUGCGACUGCGAGCGUCACCCUUACGCCCAGAUGUCCGGUUUGUGCAAGGACGAAGAUUUCCAAAAAUGGGCGAUCGACGUGAACCUCCUCGACAAGUACGGCAUCGAGAUGCGAACCAACCCCACGAUGUCGAGAGCUUCGGACGUAUCCUCUCAACUCAACGCCAAGCACCUCAUCAGGCAACUUCGGGCCGAGAUCAACUUCCACAAGGAGGAGGGAGGAAAAAAGGCAAUCCAGAUCAACCACCUCGAGAGGCAGGUCGAGUCAUUGGAGCGAGAGAACCGCUCGAUGAAGUCGGAGUUGGAGGCGAAGACAGAGGCGCUCGCGCAACUACAGAAAGCGUUCGACGCACUGAAGAAUACCGCGGCGACAAGCGCAGCUGCAAAUGUGGGGGAGAGCGCUAGCGUACCGCAUACGGAGACCAUGGAAGCCACCCCGGCACCACAUCAAGCCCAACAAGCAACGCCCUCUCGACAGAGUGCAGGCAGCCAGCUCGACCAGGCAUUCUUCGACGCGGUGGUGUGGCCGUGGAGGGGCUUUUCCGUCAAGUUCUGCAAGUUCACACCGACUCCACCCCCCGUACCUCACGACGAGGAGUCCCUGCCAAAAGAAAAGCCCCCAAGCGCAAAGGCUAUCGAGACGAAAUUGCGGAAAAUGGAGGCUGUCAUGAAAGUCGUCGAGCAUUUCCGGAUCGACGACGGCAGCGCGGCUACGUCGACGGUCAUCGAAAAGCUGGACUCAAUUGUCAAGGACCACUCGAUCAACAUGCUCUCGGAGGGCAUCGUUCUCAACGAGGAUUCUGGGAGGCAGCUCACGAAAAAACGGAAACUCGAGUCUGCAUAG